AGUUAGACAUUAUUCAGUGAAGCACAAUAGCAUAACCCUAAAUCUACUUUGCGAUCUCAGUCAGAGUCAGUUACAGUCUGGUGAACCGUGCCCCGUGACUGUGACGUUCGAGCUUCCGCAUUGUGACAACUAUUUGCAUCAUAGUCCCGUGCGUUGACAUUAAUGUUUGUCGUAUUAAUGCUAUGUACGGGCAUGAAGAGUGCCAGUGUACUGGUAGUGGUUGGCUGGUCGUGUCUGUCCUGUUCACGUCGGUGUACGCUCUCAAAGACAAACCAAUUCUCCCAACUUGAGAACUGAGUAAAUAUUAAGGCUGAUUUUUUUUCAGAGAACCAUCAUGUCGACAGGAUAUAAAACGUUCCAGGAUGAGGGUGGUGAUCAAGUAAAUCAUCCACCCACCCAGCCCACCCGGUACCAAUCUGCAGUGGGCCAUGAUCCGCCCAGGUACAACCCAACCUAUCCUCCUGGACACACGGCAGUAGCGCCUCAGCCUCAAACCAUCAUAUCCACUUACACUGCUGUCUGCCAGCCUAACGAUUACUUCGGAUUGGCGCUCUUUGUGACCAUCCUUUGCUGCCUGCCCCUCGGCGUUGUGGGAUUGAUCAAGUCCAAUGAUGUGCGAAACCGUUUCCGAUUCGGGGACAUCGCCGGCGCGGAGCAGGCAUCCAGGGAAGCCAAAACGUUCUCCCUCGCUGGGCUUAUCAUCGGGAUCGUUGCACUGGUCCUAGCCAUUAUUGGCACUAUAAUUGCAGCGGCGUAG